AUGAAGACUAUUCCUUAUGUUAGUGCCAUUGGUAGCCUGAUGUAUGCACAAGUAUGUACAAGACCUGAUACCGCCUUCAUUGUUAACGUUCUUGAUAGAUAUUUAUCGAACCCUAGACAUGAUCAUUGGGUUGCUGCAAAGAAAGUCUUGAGAUAUCGACAAAGAACGAAGGAUUUUAUGCUUGUGUAUAGGAGGGUGGAUAAUAUCGAGGUAGUUGGAUACUCAGAUUCUGAUUUUGGUGGUUGUUCUGAUGAUCGCAAAUCUACUUCAAGAUACAUUUUUCUGUUAGCUGGUGGAGCCAUUUCAUGGAAAAGUGUCAAACAAAGCCUAAUUGCAUCCUCGACCAUGUAUGUUGAGUUUGUAGCUUGUUAUGGUGCAUCAUCUCAAGCUGUUUUUGGCUAA